GGCUUGUGCGGCUUGUGCGCGUGCAGACUCGGGUGCAGACUCGGGUGCAGACUGGGGUGCAGACUGGGGGGCAGUAGACUCAGGUGUGAGCCCGGCCUCAUUGUGGCGUCACUGCCCCGCGAACACAAACCAGGAUAACAUGGAUUACGAACGGAGCCAGGUGCUGAACCCUGUGCGAGUCCAGGCCCUGGAGACUUGGGUGAAGAACACCAAAGUUAGACUGACACAAGUGAAUGGCCAGAGGAGGUAUGGAGGGCCACCUGAACGCUGGGACGGCCCCGUGCCUGGAGCUCGCUGUGAGGUAUUUAUCAGUCAGAUUCCUCGGGACACGUACGAGGACCUGCUUAUUCCCUUGUUCAGCUCAGUGGGCCCGCUGUGGGAGUUUCGCCUCAUGAUGAACUUCAGUGGACAGAACCGUGGCUUUGCCUAUGCCAAGUAUGGCUCUGCAGCUGUAGCCACUGAGGCCAUCCGUACUCUAAACGGUUACUUGAUAGAGCCAGGCUGGUGCCUCUCCGUCAGACGCAGCACAGAGAAGAGGCAACUGUCCAUGGGAGGUCUGCCCCCGGUCACACAGCAAGAGCAGCUUCUGCAGGUGCUCCGGGGACUGGUAGAGGGCGUGGAGAGGGUCUCUCUGAAAGCUGGACUUGGUAUAGAAGGUGUGUCUGCCAUUGUCGUCUUCACAUCACAUUAUGCUGCCUCCAUGGCCAAGAAAAUGCUGGUUGAAGCCUUCAAGAAGCACUUUUCAUUGUCGGUUUCAGUCAAGUGGCAAUCAUCAGGAAAGCCAAGCCCAGAAGAGCCCAUGCCCUCUCAGAAGGCCUUCUUACCCUCUCCCACAAAGCCCCCUCGUCUGCUGGUCCGGCCUAAGCACCUGUCUCAGCCCUCCCCGCCCUCUCCAUUUCUCCACACUCCGUGCAUCCCUCCAGGGUUCUGCCGGACAGUAGGAGGUCCUACUGCCCAGCUCCAGAUCCCACCUCCUCCCGGUUUCUACUCUCUACCCCCUCCUCUGUUAGAUCGUCUGCCCCACUACCCUUAGAGAACCGCCUACUCAUGAGCUGACCACACAGCACCAGAUCAAGGCUUUACAUUUAUGAUUGUUUAAAACAGUUGUUCUUAAGUUGUUGUUUGCAUGUUUUUAUGAGUAUUUAAAGGUUGGAAUUUGUCUGGUUUGUCUUAUGCAUGCUUUUACUGUGUGUAAUUGUUUGUUGGUUGGGUUUAUAUACUUGCCCUUUGCAUGAUUUUCAUUGUGUUCUUGGGUGUGUUUCUUUUAAUUACAUGCUUAAUUAAUGUUUGUAGUGAUGCAGUGUUUUUUAUUUAUUUAAAUAUCAAGAGUAUUGUUGGUUUUCGUAUGUUUUGUGUUUAGUUUUUUUCAGGAAAAAAAUACGCUUUUUCCAUUUUAAAUGUAUAAGAAAAGUUCAUGCCAAUGGUGUUAAGUGGCUUAAACUAGUUAAAGAAUAAAUAAAAAAUAAACACAUUUCAACAUUUC